AUAUAUACAUAUCCAUCUCACGUUGUGGGCUCAGCCAGUGAGCGGUGUAUAGCAAGCCAAGCUUGAUUCAAACAAACAAACAAGCAAUGGAGGAUGAUCACUCGGGUCGAAGGAUAUCCAAGGAAGAAGCUGGGGCGGCGGUGAAGCCGACGAGGAGCUUCCGCUACGAGGACUACAGCACCAGGAGGGUGUUCCUGCGGAGCUACCCUCUGCAGUGGGACGCGAGCGACGGGAAGCAGCAGGGGCAGCUGGGCGACGAGAAGCACAGCGAGGAAGACGAAGAUGGUUACGAGAGACGGCGAGACAGGAAGUGGAAGCGGCAGGUGGUUGUGGCAGUGGUGGAGUGGGGGGAGGAGAAACUGCUGCUGCUGAGAAGGGUCAAGAAGAGGCUCGCGCUGUACCUGCUCGGAUGCCACUACGGCAGCCGCCCGCCGGCGCUGCCUUUCAGAUCCGGUGGCUCCUGCACCACGGCCAUGCUCAAAUCCAGCUGAUCGAUCGGCGCCAUGAAGGGUUCGGCUCCGGAUCCUGUCCAUACAUAACACCCUGGUGAAGGCCGUCCGUCGUAGCUUCUGUAUGCUGCUCUGUGUUCUCUGUUUCUUGAAUGGAUCACCUGCUUGCGCGCGCUUCUGGAUUGGUCUGUGAAGAACAUGUGUGUAUCUAUUUGUGUUAGGAAAUAAGAACUUCUAUAAGAGACGAAAGGUUCGUGUCUAUGGUGUGAGGAAAUCUUUGUCAAUCGACGAAAGUUGGACAGAUUGUACAUAUUUAUUCAUCCAGGAAAUUGUCGGAGUAAAAUGUGCAUCCAAUAUAGUAGGAGUACAUGGUGCUUUGCAUUGAAAGACUUGUGUGUUAUAUAUACUUUGUUACUUUGUGUC